AUGAUCACACAUACAUAUAGAUCACCCAUCACAAGACAUAUCAGCAUGCUUUCAUUCAGUGGAAGAAAUAGUAUACGAACCUUUAUAAAGCCCAUAGGUUCUAGAUUAUACCAUCCAAAAGUCAUAGAACAUUAUACAAAUCCAAGGAAUGUUGGUUCCAUGGAUAAAAAAUUAACUAGCGUUGGUACAGGCCUUGUUGGGGCUCCCGCUUGUGGUGACGUUAUGAAAUUACAAAUUAAAGUGAAUGAUAAGACUGGUAUAAUAGAGGAUGUCAAAUUUAAGACUUUUGGUUGUGGAUCUGCUAUCGCUUCGUCGUCUUACAUGACAGAAUUGGUUCAUGGUAUGUCAUUGGAAGACGCUUACAAGAUCAAAAACACUGAAAUUGCUAAGGAAUUGAGUCUACCACCUGUGAAAUUACAUUGUUCCAUGCUUGCUGAAGAUGCCAUCAAGGCCGCUAUCGACGAUUACAAAGCCAAAAAUCAUAAAAUUGAUACAACUUUUUUAUUGAAGCAAAUCAAAUAA